AUGGGGUGCAUCUCGUCCAAGCUCCUCCCGCCAGGGCCCGGAGGCCGCACCGGCGCCGCACGCGCCACCGUGCGCGGCCGCGUCGACCACGUCGUCUCCCUCACCUCCACCACCUACGGCGUCCUCGACCUGCAGGCCAAGCACGGCGCCACGGCUGGAGCCAAGGAGCUGCCGCUGCCGCAGGAGCAGGAGAAGCCGAUAAGCCGCGAGUGGAAGCGCGCAUCCGCCAGACGCCCGACCCCCCUCGUCGUCCCGGACGCCAAGAAGCCGGCUCCGGCGGCCAAGCCGGAGUCCGGCAUGGAGGUGAUCAACGCGUGGGAGAUCAUGGCCGGGCUGGAGGACGCCGAUUCGCCUGCCAAGAAGCCGACCAAGCCCGGCCGUUGGUCUCCGGCCAGGGUCCUCGCCAUGGCCCUGUCGUCGCCCAAGAGGUCGUCGGCGAAGCGGAGGAACACGCCGGGGAAGGAGAACAGCCCGCUGCAGCGUUGCUCCGGGAAGGAGAACAGCAAGCCCAGCGACGUCGCCGACGAGGACAGGGUCCUCCGCCCGUAUAACUCCAUCGACAACUCCAAGCUGUCCAGGGCGUCCAAGAGAUUCUCCCCGGGAAGCGCCCGGGUCGCCCGGAAGCCCAGCGCGGCCGAGACCGGAGGCAUGUCGUCGUCGCGCCGGAGCCUGAGCCCGCUGUUCGACCCGGAGCUCCUCGCGUCCAUCGAGCGCGAGCUGUCGGAGGAAGGCGCGCACAUCAAGCGGGUGAUUGGGUCCGAGAAACCCAAGCAGCCGAAGGUGGUGCCGGCCAUCGUGGCGGAGGGCAAGUGCCCGCCCGGCGGCGCGGACGCGGUGGUGCUCUACACCACCACCCUCCGCGGCAUCCGCAAGACGUUCGAGGAGUGCAACGCGGUGCGCGCCGCGAUCGAGGCCCACGACGUGAAGGUCAUCGAGCGGGACGUGUCCAUGGACUCGGGCUACCGGGAGGAGCUGCGGCUGCUGCUGGGCGGGCGGGAGCUGCGCGUGCCCGCCGUGUUCGUCCGGGGCAAGCACGUCGGCGGCGCGGCGGAGGUGACGAGGAUGGAGGAGGAGGGGAAGCUCAAGGCCCUGCUCCAGGGGCUGCCGCGGGCGCGAGUCUGGUGCGCGGGGUGCGCCGGCGUGAGGUUCGUCAUGUGCAGGGACUGCAACGGCAGCCGCAAGGUGCGCGUCGACGGCGAGCGGAAGGAGACGGUCCAGUGCGGCGAGUGCAACGAGAACGGCCUCGUCCGGUGCCCCAUCUGCUCGUGA